CGGGGGCGGGGCCUCGCACGGCGGCGGCGGCUGGACUGGGGGCGGCCGCAGCUGCCCGGAGCCCGAUGGUGCGGGGCCGCGGCCAGGCCGCAGCAGGAGCCCGAGGCCCGGGCCGCCCCGGCUGACCGCGCGGGCCCGCGCUGCCCGGAGCCCCGCUGCCGCCCGUCGGGCCCCGCCGGGGCGCGGGCCGUCCGCCCGCCAUGGGGUCCCUGUUCCGGAGCGAGCCCAUGUGCCUGGCGCAGCUCUUCCUGCAGUCGGGCACGGCCUACGAGUGCCUGAGCGCCCUGGGCGAGAAGGGCCUGGUCCAGUUCCGAGACCUCAACCAGAAUGUCAGUUCUUUCCAAAGAAAAUUUGUUGGUGAGGUGAAGCGGUGUGAAGAGCUGGAGCGGAUCCUGGCGUACCUGGUGCAGGAGAUUCACAGAGCUGACAUCCCGCUCCCCGAGGGCGAGGCCAGCCCCCCUGCCCCGCCUCUGAAGCAGGUCCUGGAAAUGCAGGAGCAGCUGCAGAAGCUGGAGGUGGAGCUGAGGGAAGUCACGAGGAACAAGGAAAAGCUGAGGAAGAACCUGCUGGAGCUGAUCGAGUACACGCACAUGCUGCGGGUGACCAAGACCUUCGUGCGGCGGAACGUGGAGUUUGAGCCCACGUAUGAAGAAUUCCCCGCCUUGGACAGCGACUCCUUGCUGGACUACAGCUCUAUGCAGAGGCUGGGAGCGAAACUGGGAUUCGUGUCCGGCCUCAUCCACCAGGGGAAGGUGGAGGCGUUUGAGAGGAUGCUGUGGAGGGUCUGCAAAGGGUACACCAUCGUGACCUACGCAGAGCUGGACGAGUCCCUCGAGGACCCGGAAACGGGAGAAGUCAUCAAGUGGCACGUGUUCCUCAUCUCCUUCUGGGGCGAGCAGAUCGGCCACAAGGUGAAGAAGAUCUGUGACUGUUACCACUGCCACAUCUACCCGUACCCCAGCACCGCCGAGGAGCGCCGGGAGAUCCAGGAGGGGCUGAGCACCCGCAUCCAGGACCUGUACACGGUGCUGCACAAAACCGAGGACUACCUCAGGCAGGUGCUGUGCAAGGCGGCCGAGUCGGUGUACAGCCGCGCCGUCCAGGUGAAGAAGAUGAAAGCCAUCUACCACAUGCUCAACAUGUGCAGCCUCGACGUGACCAACAAGUGCCUCAUCGCCGAGGUCUGGUGCCCCGAGGCCGACCUGCAGGGCCUGCGCCGUGCGCUGGAGGAGGGCUCGAGAGAGAGCGGUGCUACCAUCACCUCGUUUAUGAACACGAUCCCGACGACAGAAACGCCCCCCACCCUGAUCCGCACCAACAAGUUCACCGAGGGCUUUCAGAACAUCGUGGACGCCUACGGCGUGGGCAGCUACCGGGAGGUGAACCCAGCUCUCUUCAGCAUCAUCACUUUCCCCUUCCUGUUCGCCGUCAUGUUCGGGGACUUCGGGCACGGCUUCGUGAUGUUCCUGUUUGCCCUCCUGCUGGUGUUGAAUGAAAACCACCCCAGGCUGAGCCAGUCGCAGGAGAUCCUGGGCCUGUUCUUCAGCGGCCGGUACAUCCUCCUGCUGAUGGGGCUGUUCUCGGUGUACACGGGCCUCAUCUACAACGACUGCUUCUCCAAGUCCGUCAGCCUCUUCGGCUCCGGCUGGAACGUGUCUGCCAUGUACAGCGCCAGCCACGCCCCCGCGGAGCGCGGGAAAAUGGCGCUUUGGAAUGACAGCGUGGUCCGGCACAGCCGCGUCCUGCAGCUGGACCCGAGCGUGCCCGGGGUGUUCCAGGGCCCUUACCCGCUGGGCAUCGAUCCUAUUUGGAACUUGGCCACAAAUCGCCUCACUUUCCUGAACUCUUUCAAAAUGAAAAUGUCUGUGAUUUUAGGAAUUAUCCACAUGACUUUUGGGGUCGUUCUGGGAAUAUUUAACCACUUGCAUUUCAGGAAGAAGUUCAACAUCUACCUGGUGUCGGUCCCCGAGCUGCUCUUCCUGCUCUGCAUGUUCGGGUACCUCAUCUUCAUGAUCAUCUACAAGUGGCUGGUCUACUCGGCGGAGACCUCCAGGGCGGCCCCCAGCAUUCUCAUCGAGUUCAUCAACAUGUUCCUAUUCCCGACCACGGCCACCAGCGGUCUGUAUGCGGGCCAGGAGCACGUGCAGCGGCUGCUGCUGACCGUCACCGCGCUGGCCGUGCCCGUGCUCUUCCUGGGGAAGCCGCUCUUCCUGCUGUGGCUGCACAACGGGCGCAGCUGCUUCGGGGUCAGCAGGAGUGGGUACACGCUGGUCAGGAAGGACAGCGAGGAGGAGGUGUCUCUGAUGGGCAGCCAGGACAUAGAGGAGGGGAGCACCCCGCUGGAGGACGGCUGCAGGGAGGUGACCUGUGAAGAGUUUAACUUUGGAGAAAUAUUGAUGACCCAAGUGAUCCACUCCAUCGAGUACUGCCUGGGCUGCAUCUCCAACACCGCGUCCUAUCUGCGGCUCUGGGCCCUCAGCCUGGCCCACGCACAGCUGUCCGACGUGCUGUGGGCCAUGCUGAUGCGCGUGGGCCUCCGCGUGGACAAGACCUACGGGGUCCUGCUGCUGCUCCCGGUCAUGGCGCUCUUCGCCGUGCUGACCAUCUUCAUCCUGCUGGUCAUGGAGGGGCUGUCUGCGUUCCUCCACGCCAUUCGCCUCCAUUGGGUGGAAUUUCAGAACAAGUUCUAUGUUGGUGCAGGCACCAAAUUUGUUCCUUUCUCAUUCAGACGACUUUCAUGGAAGUUCAGCGACGACAGGGCGUGACUGCAGCACUGCAGCCGCCGGGCUGUCCCAUUGACGGAGGAUUAUCAUGUUGUAGAAAUUCACUUGUGUCCGAUUUACGAUCAGAAAAAUUCUGUCUUCAUUGAUUGCCUUAGGAUCUAGCCAAAUAAUUCUGUAAGAUAUACCUCUUCCUCACGUUAAAUAUUUUGUAAAGUUUAUCAAUUUAGAUACAUAAAUUUAUUCCCGUUUUCCUGAUGAGCAAAUAUAAGUUAAUGCCAAAAGUUACGUUAAACUUAUUUUUUAAAAUACAGGCUUGGGGGAGAGAAGCCCGCUUUGAGCGGCUAAUCGGAAACAGUCUUAGGUACUUAAUUCCUUUUCAGCUUAUUAAAAAAACAACAACAAAAAACAGAGUUAUUCUGUCACCCGAAGUCAGAGAAUAUUUUCCAACAGCUGAAUAAGUAUAGUUUUUUAAGAAGUUUAAUGACGGAUCAUCAAAAGACACAUUUAAUAUUCUGCUUGACCAGAGUAUGCGAACGUUUUUUAUUGUGUACUCCUGGGAUUACGAGGAGGAGGCGGUUUCUACAGUUUUGUCUUAAUUGGGGACGGUGGACAAAACCUGCAACAUGUUUAUUCCCCUGGUAUAUUUUUUUAAAGACUCUCGCCCUGUUCUUACGUCACUCCGGUUAUGGGCUGUAUGUUUGGGAAGGAACAGAGUGCUGAGCCUGGCGAUGCCGUGUGACGGUGGAAGAUGCAGUAGCGACAUGCCCUGGACUCGGGACCGCUUGGCGGGCGUUCCUGCGCAGCAGGGGUCUCCUGAGCGGAGGAAAGCGAGAAAGUAGUCUUUUGUGCACUUUUAUAACAGAAUGUCAAUUAGGAUGUUUUACCACGAGGAGGUCGAACCUGCCCUGAGAACAGCACGUUGACCGUUUUUUAACUCUGAGGCUGAUUCUAAGUGAAGGUCCGACGGAGGCACGUAGAGUUCACGCACACGCCGCACACUCCUUAGCUCGGUUGGAAGCUGAUUCUCGGCCUCUGAGUUGGAGUCUCUCGUUUUAAUGCCUCUGCUCACUUGACGUUUCAUUCUGAGUGAAUGGGAAUCGGUCCUGUUGGACAUGAUCUGGCCCGUCGCCUGUGAAUUAUGCUCAUCCUCCCUCCUCUACUGUCAUGGUUUGUGGGUAAUUUAAUUCUUUUCAGGACGAGCCGGCAGUAUGUUCACUUGUCACAUUUUCUGUAACACACGCCAAAGGCUGGCUAUCGCCAUCCUCCCCGCCCUGGCUCGUUAUGCACAGCCAGGCAUAGCUGACUAACCUCAAACCUUUUUAAGAAAUAGACAUUUUUAUUGAUUUCAGAGAGGAAGAGAGAGUGAGAGACAUCAGUUAUGGGAGACUCAUGGAUGGGCCUCCUGCACGCCCCUUACGGGGGAUGGAGCCCACAACCCGGCCUGUGCCCUGACCGGGAAAGAACUGUGACCUCCUGGUUCCCAGGUCAGCGCUCAACCCCUGAGCCCCGCCGGCCGGGCUCACAUCAGACCUUUUCAUUGUGUGACGAUUCCAUGCUGCUCUCCAUGGGUGUCACCCAGAGCCGGUUGAAAUUGCCAGCGUUUGUCCCUCAUGUUCAAUGUCAGGCCAUUAGUGACGCUGAGGAAACUGGACAAUGAUUCUGCUCUCUGCCCCCAGCUUUCCCACUUCCCCUCACAGGCUGUCCGUUUUCAUCACGACUCCAGGGGGUGAGCAACAAAGUGGGAGCUAACUCAUCCCGAGGAAACCCAGGAUUCGCCCGUUAGUAAAUGAGAGACAGCACGUGCUGGAGCCCUCCGCUCCCCGCUGCUCCCUGUCCUGGGGCCACCUUGGCAAUCCUAACGAGCACCUCCUAUCGGUAUGGGGCCAGGAGUGCGUCAUGUCUCCAUGGGAACUUACGUAGAAUGUAAUUCUAAAAAAGCAAAUGAAUGGUCCCAACAAAACUCUCUAGAAACAGUGUGAUGGUGUCCCUUCAGCACUAAUGGGAAUUUUAUUUCCUUACGAAGCUGUUGGUCCCAGCGUCGUGUCACCAGAGCAGUUGUUUUGCUUUGCUUUUAAGCUGUUUGGUGGAACUGUUGUGUGUACAGUGUUGAAGGCAAGACUUUAUUCUCUUGAUAGCAAAUACCAGGAGGAAAAGUGGCCAGUGGUCUGGGUGAUGUUCUAAAUAGGAUUGUUUUUCUAAAGAUCCGUGUCAUGACGGCCAGGUUUUCCAGGUUUCGUUCUGUGUGUUCAUGGAGUCCUAAAACAUAAAACCAAGGAUUUCUUCCGCCAUCUAGAAUCUGAGUUCAUCCUCGAAGGUGGAGAGCAUCCUUGUGGUGACGUAAUCAUGGUCCGCUCGGAAGCCCUAAGGUGUUCUGACGGGGUCACGCGGAGCCCGGGACUUUCCGUUCAUCGUGGACGUGACUUUGCAAAGACUCGCCUCACCGAAUGCCCCGCUUCCUCCUUUCCGCACGGGUAUUUUGUAACAGCCUUCGGCUCUCCGUUUCUCCCUGCAGUAGUUUGGUGAGGCAGCACAUCUGUAGCACAGGCAGCGCUUAGGGACGUUUUAGGUCCGUGUGGUUUGGAAAACAAAAACGCAAAGUAACUUAAGCCGCUGCUCUGCAGUCUGUAUUUCGUGACUGAAAUGUCGAAGCCAGGUUUGCUGGCUCACCACCGGGUCUCCCUCCAGCAAGAUGACUGAGGCAUCGCCAUUCCAGACCAGGACACGGGGCGGUCCCAGGGACGGUCCGGCAGCCGGCACCGAGCUGAGCUUUGGCUUCGGAUGGUAAGGGACCCUUAGAACCUGCCCCUCAUUUCCCAGUGGGAACCCGACCAGGGCGAGUGCUGAGGUCGGCCUGGAAGUGGGGAGCCUCGGGCUGAGCAGACACCGGUGGACAAGCCGCGGCGCCCCGGGUGCACUAGGACACGUGCAUCUUCCUCUCAGUAUUGAACUUUUUACUAAUGAAAAUAAAUCUAUAUUUUUAAACCGUGA